GGGAAACACACGCUAAAACACCGGCUCAACUCUCACUCCUCGCACACACAUGACCCGGGUGGUGGAUCCCGCGGCUUACCCGCCGGUGUGCUGACAAAUUCGACUAGACUUGGACCGAUCCUGCGCUCCUUCGGAGAUGGAGGCUAUCUAUGGGGAGAUGGAGGUGGAGAGCUGCUACACGCUUCUGGAGCUUCCUUCACCCAAGAAGAAACGCAAGAGCAAAGGCAGCGUGGAGAACUCGGACAAACCCAAGAAACCCAGAUCUGCAUACCUGCUCUAUUACUUCGACGUGCAUCAGAGGAUCCAGCAGGAGCAUCCGGAUCUGCCUCAGUCUGAGAUCAACAAAUGCAUUAGUGACAGCUGGAAGAGGUUGAACGUGGCCGACCGGGGAUAUUAUCUGGAGAGAGCGCGCAUGGAGAGAGAUGGAGUCGACCCCAGCAGCCAAUCAGCAGCCACUUCCUCUCAGGACGUCCCAGGAUUCCGCAAGAUCCUUCCGAGGGCCAAUUAUGUGCUCCUGCCCAAGAGUCCCACAGCAGGAGGAGAUCAGACUGAGGGUGGGGAUGUGGAUGUGCUGGUGGACGGAGCUCCUGGAACCCCUGCGCAGGAUACUCUGGUGUCCCCCAUGACUCUGGGCAGUGAGGUGGAGCUGACGGAGCAGUGCAUCGCCAUCCAGGCCCUCAGUGCAGACGCAGCCCAGAACACCAGCAUCUGUGAAAGAGUGACGAGUCUCGACAAAACUGUGAAGAAGAAGGAGACUGGAGUGUGUUAUGGUGACGUUGCGGUGACUGUGGAGAACGGAGAAGAUGCUGGAGCUUUAAUGCCUCAGCUCAAAGCAGAAGCCACUCAUCUGGUUGCUAUAAUACCCAAUCAGGGCCUUGUGGAGAAUAAAGUGAUUAACACGGCCAGCCCAAUCAUGAUGUUUCCAUUGAUGAGCACUGUGAAGACCGAACCCAAACCCUCCUUUAAACUGCCCAUCAAAUACACACGGAGAGGACGUGGCAACUGCAUCACACCCGGCUGUAUGUUUUCAUACGUCACCCGUCACAAACCGCCAUUUUGUCCAGACUGCGGGCAACACCUCGGUGGGAAGUGGGUCCCGCAUGGCAAGAGAAGCUCCAGUAAAUCCUCUGAGGCGUCUUCUGGAAAAGAGUGUGAGGACUCCAAUCCUACUGCCCAGCGCUCAGAUGAUCCAGCAGAUCUUAAAGACACAGAGCAGACAGAAGAGCAGGCAUCUGCAUCCAGAGUCAGCUCUUUAGAUAAAGCUCAGGAUGGCCGAUCUGCUGCUGCUGCUAGAAGAGUUACUCGGAAAAAGAGAGAGCGAAUCAAGGCAGGGUCGACCCAACAAACAUCUGAUGGAGCCGCAGUCUGCAAACCUGAUGAAACAACAGCUGUCCUAGCAUUGGGUGGUGGUCAGAUUCAGAUUAUCGCUAGAGAAAAAGCCUGCAGUGCUGUGCAGAAACGACGCAUACGAGCUAUUCUUCCAGCGCCAUCACAGAACAAUUCAGCCAGUCAGCCUGCGGUGAUGCAGUGGAUCACCAUUCCUCCUGAUAAAGUCAAAACAGACGCUGGUAUCAUGAGAGCCGUGAAGGUCAGCGAACAACACAUGGCAGGUCUGAAACCCAGCACUCUCAAACAGCUGGGUCACAUGAUCACACCCGCUGCUUUGCAACAGAAGCCGAUGACGGUGAACAGUAACCAGUAUAUCAUCACAGACAACGGCGUGAAGAUCCUCUCUAUGGUGCCCUUCAAGAAAUCCACCGGAUCCUCCCUAGCUCUGGGUUUGUCCACGGCGAGAGGUCGAGGCCGGUGUAAAAACCCUGCGUGUGAUUAUGUGUAUAAAAACAGACACAAACCUCAACAGUGUCCCACCUGCGGCUGCGAACUCGUCAACAAAUCCAGCAAGAAGAGCAAACUCACGUGUUCUGAGGAAGAGUCUGCUCCUCUUCUUCUGGAGCCGUCUGCAUGUCUGAGCUUCUCUCAGAAAGAGCAGCAGCGUCAAUCCACCGUCAGCCUGAUGCGCUCCUGUCUGCAGUUCCCUGAAAGCGAGACUGAGCUGCAGGAUGUCUUCAGCCUCAUCCAGGAGCUCAACGCCAGCGAGAACGAGCUGCAGGAGUCUAGCGGAUGGCCAAACUUCUAUGAGCCGGCGGCCACACACUGCAGCCUGUGCCAGCAGACGCUUUAUAAAGGAGAGCAGGGUUCAGUUGCUGGUUUGGAGGAUUGCUGGUUGUUGACGGAGCGUUCGAUUCGGGUUGUCACUCUGCAGCUCAAAGUCUGCACCAAUCUCCAGUGUCUGGCCAUUCACAGCUUCACUGACUUGUACCCCGGUUUGUUUAAUGUCGGAAAUAAACUCCUGGUGACGCUGGAUUUGUUCUUUAAGAUGAGGAAUCAGAUCCGACUGGGGGACGAACCUGCUCAAGCUGCUCUCAGUAUCAUCACAAACGCACAGACAGACGGUGUGUUUACAUCGGAUCAGACAUCUCGUAUUCAGGAGCUGUUCUGCAGUGGUUUCUGGGCAUUUGAGUGUCUGACGCUUCGAGAUUAUAACGACAUGAUCUGUGGCAUCUGCGGCAUCGCUCCAAAACUGGAGAUCGCCCAGCGCAGCGCUACCAGUGUCUUACAGCUUAAACACGUGGAGUUCACGUGGCCUGAUUUCCCAGCACCGGAUGAGGUGCACGUGGAUGAGUUUUGGCUGACGAUGGAGAACGAGGCUCUGGAACAGGCGGCGUUUCCCUCCAGUGUCCCGAUCACUCGUCUGGACGCCUCCAUCAUCGCUCCUUUCAUCCCUCCACUAAUGAGAAACACAACCGUCAUCAACACUGAGAAGAACAAGAUCCUCAACAACACACACAACACUGGAGACGUGGCGGCUCUGGUGCACCUGAUUCACGAGGGUCGACUGAUUCCAGAUCAGCUGCAUCUGCACACUGAGGAGGAGCUCAGAGACCUGCUGGAGAAAUGUGCCAUUCCCGCUCAAGCAGAUACUGAUAAAGCUGAUCUGCUGGCGUCGCUGACAUCCUUAUAUACUCAAACUCAGAGCGGCCUGUGGACGGCGGAUCAGCCUGAAGAUCUGCUGACAGCUGGCAGAAUCACCAAAGUCUGUCCUCAUCAGGUGGUUUGCGGCUCGAAGUAUAUCGUGCGCAGAGAAAGUGCUCGCGAUCACUUGGACCUGCUGCUGUCCUCCAGAUUCUGGCCGCCAGUGUAUGUGGCAGACUGUGCCCAGAAGGUGGCGCUCUGUGCUGACGUGUCCUAUCCUCAACUCGCCAAACAGAUGUGGGGGGAAAACCAGGGCUGUUUCUCUGAUCCCACAGCAGCUCCACAGUAUGUCUCGUGCUCAGAGCUCCAGGAUCAGCCAUACAGUCUGGACCUCACCGUGACCGACUCCAACCCUCAGCUCCACCCGCUCACCAAAUCCACCUCCCGCUGGAUGGUACGACCCGACACACCCACCUCCACCCUCAAGGACGCCCACUACAACAUCAGCCUAUGUAGAGAAUUGGAGCCCUACGCCAGCCUGAGCGCCCAGAUCUGUGAGCCAAACAACCACAAACCAACGCAAGUGUUCCAGAACGCAGCGUAUUAUUACCUGUACAACCGUCUGCUGGACUUCCUGAGCAGCAGAGACAUCGUGAACCAGCAGAUCACAGACGUGCUGAGCUCCUGCCAGCCUGGAGAGGUGCUGAUGAUCAGAGACGCCCUUUACAGACUGGGCAUCGCUCAUGUUAACACUGAACAGGAGGACGAGGAGGAUGGAGGACACGCACACACUGAUGGGGUAGUAGAGCUGGAAGAGCUGAUGCUCGUCUGAUGCAGGUUUACGUACACGCAUACACACACAGACUUGUUCAUAUAUCCAGAUGGGGACUCUCAUAUGUAAUGAUGUCUCAUGUUAUGUAUGAUGUUUAAGAAUGUUUAAUGAUACAAACCAUAUAUUCCCUAACCCUCACAGAAAACAAUCUGCAGUUUUAGAUAUUUUUUAAUCCUUAUUCAAGACCUUGAUUGUUUAUUUGAUUGAAAAAAUAAUUUAAAUAUUUAUUUACAUUAUACAUUAAA